GCCGCGAUAUUGUUCAAGAUGGCGGCCACCUUCAAUUUCAGUAAAGAAACGCCCCCGGAUUCAAUGUUCAGUGAUAUACAGACACUGAAUAAAUUCCAAGAUGAACAAUUCAGUCAACUUGUGGAGUAUGUGUUCCUGUUUCUCGUUGAACCCACAAAGUCAUCCCGUCUCUUGUCACAACUUGAUGAGUUUGCAGAACAAAAUGGUGUCGGAGCUGGUGCCCUGAAGAAUGUUUUCAAAAGUCUCCUGUCAUUGCCAAAUAGUGCCCUGAAGAAGAGUUUGAGUCCAGCCCAAGUCAAAGAAGAUCUUGUUAACUUAGGUUUAUCAGAGGAGAAGGCCGACUUUUUCACAGAACAGUACAAGAACAAUCUGGUGUCCCUGUCUCACAGCGCCCUGGGUCAGACUCUCAUGGUCAACCAGCUGGUGGACAUGGAGUGGAAGUUUGGAGUGACGGCAUCAAGCAGCGAGCUGGACAAAGUCGGAAACACCUUCCUCCAGCUGAAACUAGUUAUCAACACUGGAAAUGGAUCCAAGAACACAUAUAUGGAGCUAUCAUUACCACAGUUCUACUCAUUCCUGCAUGAAAUGGAGAAAGCUAAAGCGAGUCUAGAAUACCUGAGCUAGUCAUGUGGACAUAUGCAGUUAUCUCCCUUGGUUGACCCAGCUUGUGUUGAUCUUCAGCAUGGAGGAUUCUCUCGGUGUGGAAUUUGAUUACACCAGAUCUUUGAGAGAUUAAGCAAAUAAGCCAACUAUGUGUUGAAGAGACGUUACUGACAAAAAGUUGUCAUGAUGUACUUCCUUGAAGAGCAGAGGGCAGAAUCCGGUAAAAGAUGUCUGUGUACUGGAGAAAUAAACAAGGGUUUUAAAAAUAUAUUCUUCAUGAUAAUGUGAUUAUCACAGCAAUCAGAGUAUGUAGUAGAUUCAGAUAGUGGACUAAGGAGUGUUAAUUCUAAAUGUCAUGUAGAAAUAAUUUUGUUUGAUUUGAAAGAAUGGAAUUUUAAAAAGGGAUACUACAUGCAUGUGUGAUUCUGGUGUAAUUCCUGAACAAGCUUGAUGGGAUAUCCAGUAAAACGUCAUGUCUGUGGUACAUUAUGAUAUGCUUCUGAACAAAAAGGGCCUGAAACACUAAACAUAAUUUAUGUGUAAACAGAACCAGGUUCUUGAUGAGGCCAUGUGAAGAUUUCAACAAAUCUAAGACAGGCUUUAAAUAUUUGUUCUGGUUCAAGGUUUGAUGUUAAGAUGAUAAAAACCAGGGAUUAACUUUGCUUCAUAGACUUUGUUAUUGUAAAAAUAGCUAUGUAUUAUGUAUAAUAUCUACAUUGGUGUAUAAAAUAAACUGGAAAAUUAAA